AUGGAUGCCGCUGUCAAUUACGUCGAAACCGAUGAUGAUGAUGACGACAAUACUGGUAUAUUCAGCAUCGCCAAUGACUGCCACCGUGAGGAUGAUGACGCCCUGACUGGUGAGGACAACGUUCUUUCAGCAGUGCACACGAAGCGCACUGCUGUUGACAAGGAUGAUCAAGCAGAGGCAUUUCUGCUGACUCGCGAAGUAGUUGUUCGCUUCGUUUAA